CAGCGGUGAAGCACUUACUAACUACGAAGAGGCUGUUUGGCUCAGCGUUUCAGGGUCAAUAAGUUACUUUUUUUAAUUAUAAGCAAGUUUGAAGAAUUUACGGUGUUUGGGUUGACCUUUGAGGCUUUGCCCAGGAAGAGGAUAGGAUUCCUCAUUCCCGUGAGUGAGUCUCACCUUUCUUAAUGUCGUAAAGGGAGUUGUGGUGCCCAGAUUCUUCCAACACGGCCUCUUAAAGAAAUUCAGAUUCUCAUGGCGGGUCGUAGAGAUACGUUGCUGGCCAGAGAGAAAGGCCAGUCUAAUCUUGGAUCUCGGAUCUUUGUUGCUGUAGUUGUUGGUGUUCUUCUCGGUUGCGUUUUCGCCUUCCUCUUACCUCAUGGUUUCGUCAGCUCCAAUCGUCUCUUCCGUAAUCGUCGAAUCGAAAUUCCCAAUCUUCAGAUUGGUUCAUCUACUUGUGAAUCACUGGAGCAAGUUAAUGCCCUAAAGGUAGAUAUUCUAACGGAGACACAGAAGAAUUCGGAGCUCAAGAAGCAGGUCAAAAGUCUAAUGGAAAAACUGCGGCUAGUUGAGCAAGGAAAGGAUCAUGCCCAGGAACAGUUUGUUAUGUUGGGUGAGAAUCACAAGGCCGGGCCAUUUGGCACUGUCAAGGGUCUGAGAACUAAUCCGUCCGUCAUUCCUGAUGAAUCUGUGAAUCCCAGGUUGGCAAAAAUCUUGGAGGAAGUUGCUAUUUAUAAAGAACUUAUAGUUGCAUUGGCAAACUCUAACGUGAAAGAGAUGUUAGAGGUUUGGUUUACAAAUAUCAAGAAGGUUGGCAUACCUAAUUAUUUAGUAGUAGCCUUGGAUGAUACCAUUGAAGAAUUCUGCAAAUCUAAUGAUGUCCCAGUGUAUAGAAGAGAUCCAGAUGAAGGAAUUGAUACAAUCGCCAGGAAAGGAGGCAACCAUGCUGUCUCAGGGCUUAAAUUUCGCAUUCUAAGAGAAUUUCUACAGCUGGGUUACAGUGUCCUUCUUUCAGACGUUGACAUUGUAUACUUGCAGAACCCCUUUGACUAUCUCUACCGCGAUUCAGAUGUGGAGUCUAUGUCUGAUGGUCACAAUAAUAUGACAGCAUAUGGGUUCAAUGAUGUAUUUGACGAGCCUGCGAUGGGUUGGGCACGAUAUGCUCACACAAUGAGAAUAUGGGUCUAUAACUCUGGUUUCUUCUAUUUAAGACCAACUCUUCCCUCAAUUGAGCUUUUGGAUCGGGUAGCUAACCGGCUAUCUCGCGGAUCAAAAUCAUGGGACCAGGCUGUUUUUAAUGAAGAACUCUUCUUCCCGUCACGUCCUGGCUAUGAUGGGCUUCAUGCUUCCAAAAGAACUAUGGAUAUGUACCUCUUUAUGAAUAGUAAAGUUCUCUUUAAGACUGUUCGAAAGGAUGUUAAACUUAAAAAACUGAAGCCAGUUAUUGUACACGUUAACUAUCAUCCUGAUAAAUUUGCUAGAAUGAAGGCAGUAGUGGAUUUCUAUCUCAACGGGAAGCAAGAUGCAUUGGAGCAUUUCCCAGAUGGUUCUAAGUGGUAGGAGCUUUCGCCAAAUUGUGGUUCUUACCCGUGAAGGACUUGCAUGUUCUAAUUUAUCGGACAGGAGCAUUUAUAAUAGUACCUCCCGGGGCUCGAUUUUAAUUUCCAAUUUGCAUCUUAAGUGUGAAGGACUUUGGUGUGAGCUUUCUUUCAACGCCCCCCUGGCAUAUUGACUUCAUCCAUUGUUUUGCGUGUUGUCACAUUGACUGGAGUUUGUUACCUU